AUGACGACGCAAUUCGCCUUUGUCACGUACGGCGGGGCUGAAAAGCAGACGCCCGCCGACAGGUCCCAGGUCCGCAGUCACUGCAUGAAGGGCCGGAACAAGCGCGAGGGAUCCCGCCGCUCAAACCGGGACGCCAGGCGGACAGCCAAACACGUCGCCAGUACGAAUGUUGACACGAGCGCUGUCCCUACUAUCAAGGGCCGACCAAGUUCAACUAUGGCUCAAAGAGAAAAUACAUCCAUUUCUACGACGAUCCUGCGGCGGGUAAAGCAAAGGUCAGAGUCGCCAGACGAGCGCCCGUGGGCUCAUCCACCUCAGGCGCCUCGAGGUUUUGCUUUUGGAGCAGUCGUCGAUCACUUUGCGAAUGCGGUCGGCCAAAUAUCCGAGUCGCUGAUACGACAGUUCAUUACUUUCAAUCGCAUAACCGAAGCCUCGUACCCGCUCGUCAAGAUUGUGGUCGACUUCAACGACGAUAGAGGCUUGGAUUUCAUCUGGCCGACUUUUGAUAGGUCGUUCCUCCACACCAUUCUCUUCGUUAACUCAACCAUCAACGACUGGGCGCAAAAUCUGCCGCUGGCCAAGUCGUCACACUUCCAUUUAGGGAGGGCGCUGGCGCUGCUCAACAAAAAGCUGGCAGCGGGGGCCGCGCACCUGGACGACACGACUAUCUAUACAGUCAUGCUCCUGGCCAUUGCCUCUAGCACUAGCGGCGACCACGACGCAUGUAAUGCGCACAUGGCUGGCCUGCAACGGCUCGUAGAGAUGCGAGAUGGCCUUGGGCACCUCUGGAAGAACCCUGUCACUCAGUUUAAGCUCGAGUGCCUGGACCUAAUGUGGUGCCUCAUAGCGGGAGGGGCGCCACGAUUUCUCAAGAGCCCCGUGUCGUGGGAUCCGGCCUUUACGCGCCCGUCGCCAUCCGUGGACGUCGAGCUGUCGCUGGCUCUCUUUGAAGCGUCCACGGACCCCAGACUCAUCAUUGUCUUUCAGGACUUGCAGCAACUGACGGAGCUGAUCAACAUACACACGGACACCAAUAUGCGACUAGGCGUGAGCGAGUUCCAGCCCAUCAUCAGCUCGAUUCAGACUCGCCUUCUGAAUCUCAAGGACUCACUGGUCGACACGCCUGGAGAAUGGCUAUGUCUGGGCUUGCUGGCCUUUCUGACGACAAUGUUCCGGGUCCCAGGACGGCAGGUAACCUACGAGCACCUGGCGGACCACCUCCGACGCGCAUGUAGCAGUCUUGCAGCGUCAGCAUCAGCAUCGCAGUCGAUAUCAGCACCAACUUCAACAAACUCAGGCCUGCGACCCGUCUUGCGCUGGCUGGUAAUUGUCUGCGGCGCGACCGUCUGUAGCAUCAGGGAGCGGUGGCUUCGGGAGCUCUGGGCCGGCAUCGCGGCGCCUGACUUGUUGUGGGCAGAGACGCGAACGGAGCUCAGGCGGAUCAUGUGGAUCCGGUGCAUCCAUGACGAGAGUGGGCGGCGGAUUUUUACCGCUUUGAUGUUGCGGCGCUAG